AUGGGUGUUACUCUGAAGCAUAAGACAGAUGGUUUCAUUGACCGUUACAAGGCUAGAUUUGUAGUAAAGGGUUAUACUUAUACCUAUGAAGUGGAGUACUUGGAGACCUUUGCUUCAAUAGCAAAGCUCAAUACUAUGAAGUUAUUGGGUGACUUGAAGUACUUUCUUAGGAUUGAAGUUGCUAAUAAAGAGCGUUAUCAACGACUUGUGGGAAAAUUGAUUUAUUCAACUCAUACACCUCCUGAUAUUGCAUAUGCAGUAAGUGUAGUGAUUCAGUUUAUGCAUUAUCCUAGUAAAGAUCGUAUGGGUGCUGUGAUGCGUAUUCUAAGGUAUUUGAAAGUAACUCAUGGCAAGAUGUUAAUGUUUUCCAAGUAUGGUCAUACAGAUGUGGAAGGGUAUGUAGAUGCCGAUUGGGCUAGUUCAGUCACUGAUAAACGUUCUAUGUUAGGGUAUUUCACAUUUGUUAGUGGUAAUCUUGUUACUUAG